AUGAACCUGGGUUCAAUUACAGGUUUCUCCCAAACUGGCGUUUGUGACUGUGUCUCAAGAUCUGGAAAUCACACACGUCCAUUGAGGAUUCUGCAAGACGUUGAGGGACACUUUGCCCAUGUGAGGUUUGUGAGUGCUGAAGAUGCCCUGCUGCAACUGCAAGCAGCGCUGCAAGAUGAUACAUUCCUUCUUGUGCUUGAUGAUGUGUGGCACCAGCACCAUGCUAAAUAUUUCAAUGUUGUGUCACAACAGAACAGCUGGAUCCUCAUAUCUUUGCAAAGUGCAGAAGUGGCAGCAUGUUUGGGAGCAAUGAAGCAGUGCCAUCGCAUGGCCGGACUCAAAAAGGAAGAAUCGAUGAAGUUUUUCUGCCACUAUGCCUUUGUUGGUGGGGGGCCUUUGCAUUGGCAACGACCUGUAUGGAAGACUUGCCAAGGAGUGUGGAGGCCUGCCAUUGGUGCUGGCAGUAAUGGGAGUAAUGGGAGGGGAGGGCAGGUCGUAGAAAGGAAGGGGAGACGCUAG